AUGUCUCUCCGCGUUACCUACAGACGCCGUUUGUCAUACAACACCACCUCCAACAAGAAGCGUCUUGUCAAGACCCCAGGAGGACGUCUUGUUGUCCAAUACAUCAAGAAGAGAGGACAGAUCCCAAAGUGCAGAGACACCGGAGUUAAGCUUCACGGAAUCACUCCAGCUCGCCCAAUCGGUCUCCGUCUCCUCAAGAAAAACGAGCGCACUGUUACCAGAGCCUACGGAGGAUGCCUCUCACCAAACGCCGUUAAGGAGCGCAUCACCCGUGCCUUCCUCGUCGAGGAGCAGAAAAUCGUCAACAAGGUCAUCAAGCACCAGAAGGACUAA